GAAAAGAAGGUCGAGAAGGUUUUUUCGCGGGACGUGUCAAAACCUUCGUUUUCUUCACCGGCAAGAAGGCACGGAUGUGCUUCCUUCUGGUGGCACAACCCUCGUUUCGCAACGGUCGAAGCUAUCGGUGCCAUGGACAUGGGCACGGCAGAAGGCGACGCUGGCAUGAUGGGAUGCCAUGGAGUGUGUUCUCCGGUGCCCAUACCGCUGGCGUCUCACCGCCAACGCACGAUAUAAAACGCUGGUCGGUUUUCGUUGCGUCCCAAAAACUCUCUCUCACUUCCACGCCCGCCCGAAGAACAAAUCAACGCAAUAAAGAUGAACUUCUUACUCGUCGCUUUGGCUGCUUUCCAAGUCUUGUGCGCGCUGGUGGCCGCCCGUGCCCUCCCCGCCCGCCUCUUCCACCGCCAAUCGACCCCGGCCCCAAGCCCACCAGACGGUGUCGACGGAUGCGCAUUCACCGUGUACAACAGCGUGUGGACGUUCUACAUCCCCACCAAUGAAACCUUCCCCGUCGACGCGGCAGACGCGUGCGAGAGCCAUGGCGGCGCGCUGGCCAAGCUGGAGUAUUACAAUUUCUUCAAUGUGUCGAAUGCCGCGUAUGAUUGUGUGGGGGCGGGGAAACAGGUUGUUGUGUCUUCUUGGAACGGAGACGACUACGGCGCGGUCAACAUCACCCUCCAGCUCGGUCCCACGAGAGGUCCCGGCGCCGUCACCGCCCUGUCAACCGAAGAGGCAAUCAACAACUCUUACCCAUAUCUCUGCCAAUAUCUUUCGCUCAGUGGGGAUGCCAGCCCUUCUUUCAGAUAAUGAAGAGAUAUAUGAAAAACCAUGCUGGCGGACUAUAGAUGGGUGGGGAUCACGAAC